CCUUUUGAAGUGAUCAGUGUCUGACGCCGUCUAAGAUGCAGAUCUUUGUGAAAACCUUGACUGGUAAAACCAUCACACUUGAGGUGGAACCCAGUGACACUAUCGAGAAUGUGAAAGCCAAGAUUCAAGAUAAAGAAGGUAUUCCCCCUGACCAACAACGACUAAUCUUUGCUGGAAAACAGUUGGAGGAUGGUCGCACAUUGUCAGACUACAACAUUCAGAAAGAAUCCACUCUUCACCUUGUCCUGCGUUUAAGAGGAGGCAUCAUUGAGCCUUCCCUGAGACAGCUUGCUCAAAAAUACAACUGUGACAAAAUGAUCUGCCGCAAGUGCUAUGCACGUCUUCACCCCCGUGCGGUCAAUUGCCGCAAAAAGAAGUGUGGGCACACCAGCAACCUGCGCCCUAAAAAGAAGCUGAAGUAAACUGGGAUCCUUGUUGAUCAUUUGUGUUUUCAAUAAAAAAAAAUGAAAGCCUGUUAUAUGUCAUCAACUACAAUUUGUUAUCAGAUUAUUCACUGUCCUUUAUUUUCUUCAACGGUGUCUUUCAAUGAGGCCUGCUGAAAAGUAAAGCAACACUUCACUUC